AUGUCAUUCUUAUUUGACACAUUUCGACCUACGAACAAACCCUUCCUGGACUCGUUUUACGAAUCGUCGAAGGAGAACCGAGCGCUAGACGGCUUCAAGUGGGCUAGCUCGGCGCUGAAAAGUGUUUUGAAUGGUCUGUUAUAACAACAUGCUAAAAGGGUCGGGAGGGAAAAUGAAUUGUUAAUGAGUUUGUUGGGGGUGAUUUGUAAAAUACGAGUUUGAUUUAAGCUUGAUAUAAAUUGAGGUUUUUGAGCUUUAAAAUAAGAUGAAAAAUUUUAAAAAUUUGAAGAAAGUUUUGAAAUUUUAAAGUAAGGUUAGAUUUAGUAGUAUACGUGCUGUGGAAGUCUUGUAACGCAAAAUCUCUUUUAUAACAAACAAUUUUAAAAGUUCCAAGCGAUUCGUAUAGGCACUAGCUUGAAUAUGGCACAUAUACAGGAGUUCCACUGUAUUCAAAUUUAAUUUAGUUUUACUAACCCAAAACUAACUUUAUCAACUUUAACUUUUUAUAUUUUUAGCUGACAACUCGGCCGAAGUCAAAUCGGAAAUGUCAUCGUUGUACAAAAGCGCCGAUGAGAGUUUCAACUCGUUCGAAACGGCUAAAAACUCACCGGUUUCAGUAAAAUCAAUGAAUUUUAACACGCCACAAAAGUCUUCUUCUACACCUACCAGGAAAAGCCUAUCUGCUCGGUAUUUGGAAGCCAAGGGGGAAUUGAAGAAUAACGAAAAGGAGCAGGACAAGGAUGUGAAGGUUGAUCAGAGCACAGUCAAAAAUUCGGUGGUGAAUGUCGAGAAGAGCCCGGAACAAAAGAAGGUAUUGGAAGUUGUGUCAGAUUUUGAAAAGACUCCACUACCUGUUGGCAUCAAAGAGGCACUACCGGCUUUGCCUGAAGAGCCUGAUUCGGUAAGUUGAUGUUGUUGAAAUUUUAAAAAAAUUGAAAUUUUGAAUUUAUUUUGAAUUUUAAAGUUUACGUUACAAUAAAAAUCUGUUAUUAUUACUUUGUUUUGUAAAAUACGUCACUUCCGUGUAGAGAACAUUAUUUAAUUUUUAAAAUUUUCAGUCUUUUUACAACAAAAGCCUCUCGUUCUACAUGAAGAUGGCCGAAGAUGCGGAGUCAACCACGUCAGAAGACUCGCUGGAACUGAACGAAGACACUCAAACAGAUCAACUAUCACCAAUCCGACACUCGUUACUUCAUCUGGUGGCCGAGGAAGACAUUCCAGAAAUUUUGGAGGCGAUGGCCGAGGAGGUUGGUUAA